AUGAUGCGAAUCAAAGAAGCAAUUCAACGCAAGAAACUCAUCCAUGAGAUGAAUGAAGAAUGGAAAGACUAUGACUUCGAUAAUCUCAGCACAAACAUUCGACCAAUUGUUGGAGUUGGUGGAGUACCAUCUCCCAUACCAGAUCAGAAACAGUCUUCGAAGCAAGUCAAUGAGCAGCCGCAAUCAGCUACCAACAACAAUCUCCAAAACUUUGUUGUUUAUCUGAAUGGUAAAUUGAAUGAUCUACAGAAACGAGCUCUGAAAGUUACGUGGAAGAGACUGUCCGAAGCUCCCAAAACAUCUGGACGGGGGACCAUUCAUAUUAUGGAAAAGGUGCUAAACAAAUUGUGCGAAUUAGAGCCAGCCGUUCCCAGGAUCUUCUAUAAAUCAGCUUUUCUCUCAUGCAUCGAAGAUCGCAAGAAUGGUCGAGCCACUGGAUGUUCAAUUUCAACCAUUCGAGAUCAUGCUCAUAUUCUAGUUCAAUUUGUUGAUUCGAUUCUUACUUGUCUGUUUGACGGCGGAACAGGAAUCGAGGGUUUAGAUCCAGAAUCAAUUGGCAGGAGCCAUGCUAAACUCUAUCCACUAGGCUUUGAACGUCGCAUGUGGCAUCAGUUGGGCGAAUGUUUUGCUGAAGUGAUGUUCAUGCAGGAGUGUAUACGCGCCUAUCCUCAUGCUCCAUCUGCAUGGUCUCUAUUGGCUGUUGCCAUGACAGACAAAAUGUUUUCUUCUGGUAGAACUAUAAGCUCUCAAUCAUCAUUGGAGGAGUAUCGUAAAAUCUGUCCAAAUGACGCCAAAUCCUUUGAAAAACGAUUAAGCAUCGAUUCUAAUGAUGAGAUUUUCAUAACUCCUCGCGAAUCUUUCAAUGACGACUUCCAUGGAAGAUCAAGGACAUGCCCAAUAUCUAUGAAUACAUCAGGAAAUGUACGUCAUCAAGGAGUAACAUCAGGUAGUUGUCCUAUAUCAACAUGCAUUGGAACAAACAGUUCAUCAUCGGGUCGUCUUCGUCUUACAUCCUCUAACUCUCAAGUAAUGAGUCGAUCAAAGUCCGAAGCACGUUUCGUGCCAUCCAAAGGUGUUCGAGUAUCAAAUGUUUGA